AUGGACUGCAGCUGCGUCUCGGACCUGCUCCUCACCUCCCCGGUGCCCGCGCUCUGGACCCCAGGUUUCGCCUUCCCGGACUGGGCGUACAAGCCGGAGUCGAGCCCGGGGUCGCGGCAGAUCCAGCUCUGGCACUUCAUCCUGGAGCUGCUGCGCAAGGAGGAGUACCGGGAGGUGAUCGCCUGGCAGGGCGACUACGGCGAGUUCGUCAUCAAGGACCCCGACGAGGUGGCCCGGCUGUGGGGCGUGCGCAAGUGCAAACCCCACAUGAACUACGACAAGCUCAGCCGGGCACUCAGGUACUACUACAACAAGCGGAUCCUGCACAAGACCAAGGGCAAGCGCUUCACCUACAAGUUCAACUUCAGCAAGGUGGUGCUGGUCAAUUACCCGCUGCUGGACGUGGCCGGCGGGGCCCCGCUGCUGCUGGCCCCGGGGCCCUUCCCCGGGGGGGGGCACGGCCCCGACUGCGCCCCGCUCACCCCCGAGACGCUGCAGUCGCUUUUCUGCGGCCCGCGCCCCGCCGACCCCCCCGGGCGCCCCCCCCUCUUCGAGCGGCAGCCCGAGGCCGAGAAGCUGCGGCUGGAGGCGGCCAUGCCCUUCCUGGGCCCCGGUCUCUCCGGUUACUCCAAGGCCCCGGCGCUGCUGGGGGCGUACGGGCGGCCGCCGGUGCCCGAGUACCCGUGGGGCUGGGGGCCGUACGUGCCCGGGGCGCUGCCGCUGCCCGGCUCCAAGCUGCCCGCCGCGCUCUACCCGCCGCCCUUCUACCCGCCGCUGCCGCCGCCGCCGCCCCCCGCCGCCGCUCCGGUAUCGGGGCCGGUGUCGGUGUCGGGGCCGGGCCCGGAGCCGUCGGGGCGGCCGCUGGAGCCGGGCUCGGACUCGGAGCUGGAGGUGACGGACGGCGGCGGCAGCAGCUCGGGGGACGAGGCCGGCAGCCCCCCCCCCCGCCCCCCGCCGCCCGCGGAAAGGGCCCGAAUCACGCGCCCCACAGCCACCCCCUUUGCCUCCCUGCUGUGA